UUUUGUUGUAUCAAAAUCAGUUUGUGUUCAUGCAAGAACAUAAAUAUACUAUAUCGCAUUGAGAGGAGAUUUGCUUCAGACUCCAACUUGCUUUCAAAUAGACAUGGAUUCCAUAGAGCCGGGACUAGAGCAAUUGAUUGACAAUCUAUCUGAGGAGGAAAUUUAUAAGUUAUUUGUUGAAAAGCACGGGGAGAUAAAAUAUGACAAGCAGACGUAUUGCCCAAAUAACAAGGAUUUCAAAAGAUACAUCGUUAAUGAUCACAGAAUCUUCUUGGAAAGAGUUGGAGUUACGAGACAAGAUUUGGACUCUUUGUCAUGCAUCCAUGUAGCCGGCACCAAGGGAAAAGGUUCAACAUGCGCUAUGGCAGAAAGGAUUCUGAGGAAUUAUGGUUACAAAACAGGUCUCAUAAGUUCUCCCCCUCUGUUAGAAGUACGCGAGCGAGUACGAAUCAAUGGGGCACCAGUUUCCAGGGGCAAGUUUGGAAAAUACGGAUUAGAAUGCUUAGAAUUGCUAAAGAAGAACAAGGGAAAGUAUGGUAAAUCGUUCGUAGAUAUGCCAGGAACAUUUUCGAUAUUCAGCAUCGUUGCAUAUUACACACUCGUCAAGGAAAAGGUUGAUGUAGCUGUUGUGGAAGUUGGACUUGGAGGUGAAUACGACUCAACUAAUUCUCUUUGGUCUCCGAUUGUUACUGGAGUUUCUUCCCUUGCCAUUGAACAUGCCUCUCUUCUCGGCAACACACUGGCUGAAAUUGCCUGGCAUAAAGCGGGUAUAUUUAAGGAUGGUCGACCUGCCUUUACAGUUCCUCAGAGGGAGGAAGCAAUGGAAGUACUUAUUAAUAGAGCAAAUGAACGAAAUACGACGUUACAACUAUGCCCUCCACUGAGUGCUUAUGAAUUUAAUGGCGACAGUGUCCAGUUAGGCCUCGCUGGAAAACACCAACGAUGUAAUGCUGCUUUGGCUGUUCAGCUAACUAAAACAUGGCUCGAGGAGAAACAUCCAGGGAGAGUUCAGUUCCAAGUAAUAAAAUCAACUAUUGAUGACUGUGCGAUCAACGGUGAUAAUAUCAAUGAAUGCAAUGUUCCCAGUGCGACGCCGUUUGUAAUCCCAGACGAAUUCCUACAAGGAUUCGCGUUAGCUAAGUGGCCUGGACGUAACCAAACAAUCCGAAAACCUGGAGUGACUUACUAUAUUGACAAUGCCCAUACCAAGGAUAGUGUCGCAUUCUGUAAGAAUUGGUUUGACGAAGAAGCAUCAAAUGAGGCAAAGACGAUCCAAGGAGUUGUCAAGAAAAUACUUAUCUUUAAUCUAGGAGGAGAUAGAAAUGCCUUCAACAUCAUGCCACCACUUGUGGAAUACGGAUUUGAUGCUGUAGUUUUCUCUGUAAUGAGGACUGUAGAAUAUCAAGAAAAUGAAGUAAGAGAUUACAAAUCCAAUGACUCGUUGGAUGAUCAGUUGAUGAAAUGCCAGCAGCAUCUAGCAACCUUCAAGAAGCUUCAAGCUGAAAUGUGCAAUUCAGUCUCCGGUCAAUCACCAAUCUUCAAAAUAACAUCUUCUGCUACAGCAGCUCUUCAAUGGAUUUUAGGUUCUCGUCUUGAAAAAGAUGGUAAGGAGACGGCUGAAUUGCCAUAUGGGGAAGGAUUCAUGCAAGAAGCUGACCAUCUUCAGGUUCUGGUCACCGGCAGUAACUUCAUGGUAGGAUCGGUUAUUCAUGUAAUCCAACCAAAUAUGCUCGAAAAUAUCAAAUAUUGAUAUUCAUAGUAUAUGAAUAUCGAGAAAUAAAACGAUGCAAGUGCUUCAUGUUAAAACAAGUACCGAACAAAGGUACUUCUUAUUUUAUUUUUACAUUGGGUCUCCAUGGUUUUUCGUGAUAAUAAAAUUUACACAUUUUCAUUCAGUUUCAACACUUGCAUCAAGACUUGAUGGUGGGAGGCUUUUCUGUUCAUUAUUGUAGUACCAUGUGAUUUAUCUCAUUUUGAAAUUCAUGAUUUUCUGUUUUUCUUUAAUUGUUUUUUUUCCUACGAAGUUCUCUCGGUAAAAUGAAUAACGAACAAUAAUAUUUUCAUGUUCUUUAUUUGUCCUUCAUGCAUAAUGUCUUCUCUGGGCCCUAAUGAAAUAAAAAGAAUAUUGUUGACAAUACUGCUGACAUUACUGCUUACAAGUCGAAUAGUGGAAAAUAUGUGCCGGAAAAUGAUAUUUAACCGAUGUGCACAUAUACCUUCCCAUGCCCUUAACCUAUUUUGUUUUCAAAUUUAUAAUUUGUAAUCUAAAUUUUUAUAUUGCAUUUAUUGCUUUACUUUAAUUGCUAAAUUGAUUGACAUAUGUCUAUUGUAUGGAAUAUAAGUUUGUUAGAAAUGAGCAAUGAUAAAAACUGAAACUAAACCUUCUUAAAUUCCUAUCACUAUAAAGGGCCAAUUUUUAUAUCAUAUGCUAUUCCACCGAGUUUCAAUUUUAUGAUCUAAUGAUACAUGAUAUUAUUUGUUCGGUAUUCAAUAUCGUAACAAUGACAUUUAAUAUAUAGUUUAUAGAGUCGUGUAUUUACAGUAGUAUACAGUGUGUCCCAGAAAAAAGGAAAUAGGGUUUCCCACAUAUUCUUCCUUCAAAGGCAAAUUAAUUAUGAUAUGCCAUUUACAUCUUCGUAUAAUUCAAUUAUUCCUCUACAUUUGAUACCUAAUAUGCGACGAACAGUUCUCGCAUUAACGAGCGAGACGAGUUUUAAAAUUUCAAUGUCAAAAUCAGUUUGCGCAGAAGAAUUUGACAAGAUUGAUUCUUGACACGACAGCCGUGUUUAUUUGACAAUUGACUAAUUAGCAUUUAUUUAGCAUUCUUUGUUAAGUUUCUCUCGCUGAUUCCUGGAAUGAGGGGUCACGCGUGUAUCAUGUGUUAAAAUAUAAGUGAAAAAUAUCAAAUUAAGAUAUUUUCGAAUGUUGGGUUGGGUCGAAUGAACAUCAUGUGUCUUCCUGUUGUAAUUAGGCUCAUGGCAUCCUGAAUGUGGAUUAAGAUUAACACUUGAGUUUCUGCGCAAAUUGUUUCUGAUAGGCCUUAAUAUUUAUUAUCUGUAACCUGCCAUGCGUGAAUGAUUUGAUAAGCUGUUGGUCUCAAAUUAAAGAUGAGAUUCCACGUUUACCAUAAGUAUCAAAUUCAUACUAAAAACAUAUUAAAUAAUUGUGAAAUCUAUCUCAUCUCUGAAAACAGUUUUUGUGGGUCACACUAUAGAGUAAGUUAGUUCACAGUGUGCUAAGGCUUUCUCUUUUUUACUUGAAAGUGUGUUACAUAAAUUCAACUGCAGCAAGUUGAUUCUGCAACACACAUUUCA